AUGAGUGGUCGAUACAGCGUGGAAGACACAGACUACGAGGAAGCAAAAAAGGAGCAGAAAACGAGUCAAUGUGAUACGAAAGGCAAGAUGCAUACGAGGAUAGCUACGGAGUAUGGCGUGCGGUCUGGACUGGCCAGCAGAGGCAAGCACGACCGGGGGCAAAACGACCCAGGUAAGAACGAUGGGCAUGAACAAUAUGCUUUGCGCUCUGCUCCUGAGGAUCUUGUCCCUUCCUUCCAAGCUGAUUUGGGGGUCCUCUACAACAAAAGAAGUGGGUGGGUCUAUAGAAUGAGCCACCUAAAAAGAUACCGCCUGGGGCCGCUGGAAUGUGUUGCCUUUAAAGUGGCCCACCUAUUUGAGAACACGGAAGGUGCCCCCUUUGUCGGGCGCUUUCUUUGCCGGACAAUAAUCUCGUAA